CUGCAAGAACGCAAUAUUAAGAGAAGCAAAUGUCCAACAGUUUUUUAUUUUUUAUAAAAAAAUUACUGAUCAUUACAUAAUUAUUUGAAGAUACAAGUUAAACUAUGGAGAAUCUUGAAAAAACUAAACAACUGGAGCGAGAUUUAUUUAUUGCAAUCGAUAAGGGAAGCCUAGCAGAAAUUGAGAGUAUCAUCAAUUCUUUGAAGUUGCCGAGUAAUACAGAAUGGUUAUACGGAUAUAACUUACUCUGUCUUGCUUUGGAAACUAAACAGUAUGAUGUAGUUAAUCUUUUGCUGAGUAAGAACGUCCCAAUGAACAACGUCUACGAAAAGUAUCGAAGCACGCCGCUCCAUUGGGCAGUUAAUUAUGGCAACGCUGAACUUGUUAAAAUAAUGCUAGAGAGAGGAGCUGAUAUUAAUAAAAUAAAUCUGCAUUGCUUGAUAUCAUUUAAUAUUCCAGAUGUGGAGAAUGAUGAAGAGAUUCUUGAACUGCUAGUAGACCACGUGUCGGAUAAUAAUAUCACUGAAAUAAAUUAUCUGAGGCUACUUAGUAAUUUGCUCGAUAACGACUGUAGUGAAUUGGCAGAAAAACUUUUGAAAAAGUGUAUUGACAUUGACAUUACUCAGGGAAUGAGUACUUUUGACUUUUUAUGCAAAUCUGUUAGAAAAAAGUAUCAUGGUGUUGUUGAAAUACUCAUAAAACGAGGAAUAGAUGUUAAUUUUAUCGAUUAUACAUUCUACAACUCACAGACGGCAUUAUAUGUUGCUUGUAAAAAUAAGGAUCUGGAAAUGGUAAAACUCUUACUUAACAACGGAGCUGGUGUGAAUAUUAAGAAUGGAUUACGAAAGGAAAAUUUAGGCCAUACAUACCACGAUAUUUGGUAUGAUUUUUCUUAUCCUAUUCACAUCGCUAUAAGCAACCGUCACUAUAAAAUAGUUGAAUUGCUUCUCGAUCAUGGUGCUGAUUUAAGUAAGAGGUACGAGUACCCUGAUGGUAGUGGAAGACCGACAAUGCAUUUAGCCUGUAUAGAAAGCACAGAAGAAAUAGUUAAAUUACUUAUCAGUAAAGGUGGUGAUAUGUAUAUCCAAGAUGAAAGGGGUUAUCUUCCAAUUAUUCAAGUUGAUACUGGUAAAAAUAAAAAACUUUUUGAAUAUCUUAUUAAAAAUAAGAACUAUAAUUUAUUGGACUACAGAAAUGCUGAAUGUAUUCUUCGCGAUAUUAUACGAUGGGAUGAUAGUGAAAUCGUCGAAUGGAUGAUCCAGUAUAUUAGAGACCUUGGUCCAACAUCGUCGUUAAAGUACGAAAUAGAUAUAAAUCUGUUUGGUGAUAGAUCACACCGUCCAUUACUGCACUCUAUGGCUGCGAUUGGUUCUACAAUGUGGCAUUUGAAAGAUCUUAUUGAAUAUGGCGCUGACGUUAACUUUUUAAAUAGCCAGGGAAGAACGCCACUUCAUAUUGCAUUUCAAUGCAGACAUUUGUCAUCCCUCACAGAUUUACUAGAAUAUGGUGCAGAUAUGAAUAUUAAAUGUGACAAUGGUUAUAUACCGCUUGAUUAUUUGUUAAAUAAUCAAUUAUUUCAUAAUCGGAAAACAGACAAUGAUGACAUAGAACUCCUGUCCGAUAUGGAUACCGCUGAAGAUAUUAUUGAAUAUAUGACCGAACAUAUUUUUAAGUUGAGAUGUCUCAAUUUAUAUCUGAGUGAUGAAAAAUAUAAUAAUUUGAUAAAUAGUUCUGCUGGUCCACAUCGAUUCAAAAAAAAGUACAACAAAGAAGUGGAAAACAUGAAGCGUGAGAUAAUUAGCGAUGGUGUUACGUAUUAUAAUUUCGUAACCGCUAAUUUAUUUACGUUGCUCACGUAUUUGGAGAAUGAAUCGAUUUUCGAGAUUCUCAAAUCUGAAAGUUAUUCGGCAAAGUUUCCGGAGUAUAAAAGUAUUAUCAAAGGUUGCUUUUGGAGAGGCCUUGCCAGAAAAAAGCUCAUCGACGAAAUUUCCGAGUAUCCUGACUUCAAAGAGAUCUUAGGAUUGCCAUAUCCAUGCAUGAGAAAUCUUUUGAAUUAUUUUAAAAACAGUGAUUUGAAAAAUUAUUCACUCAAAGUACAAUUUUUGAAACAAAUGUGAAGAAACUUUAAAUUAUUAAAUUUAUAAACAGUUAUGUCGUGUUGAAUGAAUGUAAUGAGUUUAUUUUCUAUACUAUUAUUCACGCAGAGAAAUGAGCUUGAGAAAUCUACGAAUUUUUAUUAUGCUGUCGAUCAAACUUGAAACAAAAAGUUGAACCGCCAAGAAAUUAUCAAAUUGCAAUAAAAAUUUUUUUGUCUCAAUUAAGAAGUAUAGUAGAGAAUUAUAAAUUUUUACAGGCUCAGAAUAAUAAUUACAGUACAGCAUAAUCAUUUUUUUUCGUGACUCAACUUCCUGUUUCAAGUUUUGUCAAAAGCAUAAUAAAAAUCGUACAUUUUUUAUCUCCGUUUUUCUUCGUAUUCAUAGAAUAUUUUCUUUUAUAAAAUAAAAAUAGUAAUAAAAUAAUUUAAGUCAAUUAAUUUUUGAAACUUUUACAUUUUAAUAAAACAUUUACAAUAUUCUAUUUGAAUUAAAAAAACUAGUAUGACGUAAUCAAAAUAAGAAAAAUAAAGCAUGG